CAAAAUACACACCUACGGCAUUUCGUACGGUGCAAAUAAAUUAAAUACUAUAUAUAUUUCAGGGAGUCGAAAAUAAUUCUAAGAUGAUUUUUAAUAUCAGAAGCGGAAAAUAAUUGCUUAAGGUGGCAUUUACAUUUUUAGUUACUUAAGCAGUAAUCUCAAACAAUGGACGACAAAUUUACUUGGACUCCUGAGUUGACGCUUAAGCUUUUUAAGCUCCGAUUUGAGUAUGCAUGGCUGUUUAAAAAGAAGAAACAACCUUGGACUGAGUUCCGUAAAAUUUUGCUACAAAAAGGAUUCCCUGAAGAGAUGUCCUUGAAUCAUGUCAGGAAAAAGUGGUCAUACACAUAUGAUUCCUAUAAAAUAGCAAAAAGGGAAAAUAAUAAGGAUUGGAAAUAUUACAAAUUAUUUGACAAACAUUUCGGUAAAACAAAAAUUCUCGAUUGGAAAUAUGAAUCUUGGAGUGAUGAAUGGCGCCUUAAGUUGAUAAUUUGUAUAACUGAAGCGAAACUAAUGAAGUUAGAUGAUUUCAACCUCUGGAGGACGGUCGAACAAGCCAUGAGAAGCCAAGACCUGCCUUUCGACUGCUGCAUACAAGAUAUAAAGGGGUUAUGGCACCACAUAAGAGCCAUGUUCAAUAGGAAAUAUCUUUUAACACUAAAGAAAGGCGCUGAGCUCACAGAAUGGCCGCUGUACGAAACUAUGUUAGAAUACUUCAGCAAAACUGACCCACAGUACUUGGAAAGGCUUGAGACAGAGUCUGACACACAACUGGGUGAAAGUAAAUCAAACAGCAGGAAAAAGAAGGAUUUUACAAAACAAGAGGAUACGGUAUCGGAAUUUCAAUGGUCAAAAGAUAUAACUGAAUCGUUUAUUCAAAUACGUUUGCAAAACGACUGGAUGUUUCGAGAAAAGCCUCGAGCGUGGGAACGAAUACGGUCGAUGAUGAUCGAAGAAUACGGCUUCCCGAAAACAUUGACAAGUAGAGAGCUGUCAAAGAAAUGGGCUUCCACAUUUGCGGAUUACCAAAAAUCAAAAGCAACAAAUAACAAAUCUUGGCUGUACAACUCGCUUUUCGAGUUGUACCUUGGAGAGGGUAGCAUGAGUCUCAACCCUCUAAUAGGCUGGCAGGAGGAAUGGGUGAUGGUUCUGAUAGACAAUCGCUCAGAAUUGGCCAAUUUGUUUGUCAACGUGAAGGAUGAGACGCCUGCGUGGAGGGAAGUUGAAAAACGCUUGAGGACAUUGGGUUUGCCGAUAGAUCAUAGUCUGUUGGACCUGCCCACCAUAUGGACACAUCUCAUCAAAACUUUCAGGUGGAAACAGAAAUUCCUCAAGAAAGGCAUACUUAGUGAGCACUGGCCGUAUUACGAGGCGAUGUCGAACUACACACAGUCGAACGAAACGGCGAACAGCAGCUGCGAUUAUAUUGACGACGAUUAUGACGACGACGACAUGAAACUUAUUGACGUCAAGAGGCUCGUCAAGCCGAAGUUUGAGUGUGUCGUGACGCAUCAGUGUAGGUCCUGUUCCAACGAGGAAGGUUGCGUCAAUUUGUUCGAGCAAAGAGAUGAAGAAGGCGUAGAGCUGGCUACAAAGUUGAGUCUCGUCGGAGGUGUUGAGAUCCGCCAGUCCGAUUCCCUGCCAUAUCAGAUUUGUCUAAUUUGUCUGCAAGAGUUGGAGAGCGCGUAUAAGUUCCGACGAAAAUGUCAAGAAGUUGACAAAAGGUUGCGGAACACGAGCGAUAAUCAAAUUAAAACAGAAACGUCAAUAGAUGAUAAUAUAUCUUUAAAUGACGAGGUGAACCACGACCAUUCGGACGAAGACUACAAGAUGCCAGUGGAAAAGAAAGAAAGAAUGAAAAAGCCCAAGCCGAAGAUCAAGAUAGAAGCAAAGAUGGUGAACAGAAGAAGGAAAAAGAUGGCGCACAUGAAAUACGACUACUGGAAAAUUUGCGAGAUUUGUGGCAAGUCCACCCGUAAUCUGGUGCAUCAUUUGGACUCGCAUUCGUCGGAUAAAUUGUACUCGUGCGAUGUAUGCCAAAAGAAAUUCAAGUUUAAGAGUGGACUGUCGAUACACAAGGCUAAGCACGAUCCGACGCCGAAGAAAACGUGCGAAGUUUGCGGAAAGACGUUCCACAUAAUGGCGCAGUAUAGGAGACAUUAUGUUUACCACGCGAAUGAGAGGAAAUUCGAGUGCGAAACUUGUGGGAAGCGGUUUCAUACGUCGGAUAUACUGCGGGUGCACUGUCGGUCGCAUACGGAUGAGCGGCCCUUCAGUUGUCCUGACUGCGGCAAGACCUUCCGUACGGCCGGCUGCGUCAGUCGACACAGAAGACUGGUGCACAAGGACAGAGGCACGACGCUUAUGUUGUCGUAGCUAAUUCGUUAAUAGGGUGUAAAGUGUUAUGUUUUCUCAGACAUUCAUUUAUUUUAACUUUUUCAAAUUGAGAACGCCGCCAAUGGAGCUGGAUAGGCCACACACUCCGGAGGAAUCCCAGCCAUAUACCGGCGCAAGCCCUAGACUGGAAGCCUAGAAUACCAGUGGGAGGCUCCUUUGCGCUAUUUCUACCGUGAAGCAGUAAUAUGUAAACAUUACUGUGUUUCGGUCUGAAGGGCGCCGUGAAAGCUAGUUAAAGAACUGGGCAAAUGAGACUUAACAUCUUAUGUCUCAAGGUGACGAGCGCAAUUGUAGUACCGCUCAGAAUUUUUUGGUUUUUCAAGAAUCCUGAGCCACACUGCAUUGUAAUGGGUAAGGCGUAUCAAUUACCAUCAGCUGAACGUCCUGCUCGUUUCGUCCCUUAUUAUCAUAAAAAAGCCUCAAGGAAAACGCAAACUUGGUUGUACAAAGCAAACCUGGCGGCGGACUGUCAUUGACGAAGCGAAAGACAUCGGAAAGACCUGGAGUGAAAUUAAGAGAUGCUCAGGACCGAUCGCGAUGGAGAUACAUUGUGGAUGCCCUCCGCCCCAGCUAGGGGAUACAUGAGGAUACAGGAACAAGUCAAGUAAGUUAUCAAAUAGAUGGUAGUACAUUUCGAUACAAGUGCAAAGAGUUUGUAAUUUUAUCACGAGUCCCGAUUAGUUGAUCCAAUCCGAAUUUCCGGAACAACAAUAGAGGCGAGUAGAGGUGACAAUACACACGCUCAUUGAAGAGGGUUUUUUUAAUACAUUUGUUAGAAAAAAAACACAAAAUCAAUGCAAAAUAUAUUAAUAAAAUAUUUUAAUUUGAGCAAUUCUUGAGAGUGAUAUUAAAUGAAGUUUUGAAACAGUUUGAGGAUUAGCAAUCAUUUUUUUAGGUUUACCUGCGAAUUUGAAAAACAUUUAAUUGUAAUGUUCCAAAUGAAAGGAACUGGUUCUUUUAGCCUCGAGUCUCGAUUGCCUGUGUAGUCCCUAAGACUGUUUGCUAGCAUUGUAAUGUUAUUGUGUUGAGAAAAAAGAAUUAAUAUACAGAAAAUGUGCUUAUCAUGAAAGAUGAACACACUUUGUAUCAAUUUCUCAUAGUUUGGACGUCUUGUGCAUGCGAAAUGGUUAUGUGUCCUACGAGGAUUAUAAACCGCCCGUGAUUUGUCGGUCUUUAAAACGAACACAAAGGGGCGUAUUCGCGGCUGAAUGGUGUAAACGAUAGAAUGAUAUCUUUUAUUCACGUUUCACCAGAGCGCAUCUUAAGAGAUAUUCAACUGAGUUCAGUUACACCAAUAAAACUUUAAAUAAAUUUUUAUGAACGAUGCGGGACCUAAACCCGCGACCUCUCGCGUUUAAUCGUAGAAUCUGAGAGUUGAAUCGUCACUCGAACGGUUGGCUCAUUUGGAAAGAGCGCUCGUACAGAAAGCGAGAGGUCGCGGGUUCGAGUCCCGCAUCGUUCUUAAAAUUUUGUUUUCAGUUUUAUUUGUGUAAUUAAUCCCAGAAGUGAGGGUUAUCACUUUAAAAACAUAACAGUUAGUUUGAGGAAUAAUAUAAUAUAUACCUAUCUGUUAUUGUAUCGAUUUGGUUCUUUUGUUUACACAAAUUUAUAAUCAAACAAAAUUUGUUGUAAUGUCAAUAAGGAAAAAAUUCAUCAAGCAAUUAUCUUAUUUAUGUAUUUAUUUUUUAUUGUAAAUACUAUUUUGUUGUUCGAGUGUGUGAAAAUUUCAAUUGUGUCGAUUUACCACUUAAUCUAUUAGAUUUGAUAAAACAGUUGAUACGCGACCGGACGGAGUCUUAGUAUAUAAUGUAAUAACUAUAAAAUCACGGACAAGUAAAAAAAUAAGGACUCCGUGUCACCUUACUGUAAAACAGUGAGGCACCAAAACAAGCCGGUAAACGUGGAAAUACAUAGCACGCACACACACUAAUACAAUCCGAUCGGCCGCCAUUAUGAGAUUUGCCAUUGUCUGUAACAGAUCAGUUUGCGUCGCAAUAAAAUAUUUUAAAAAUGCCGUUGUGCUUUGUGAAAAAGUGUAAAAACAAUAAUAUAAAACUAUUUGAGGAUAUAUGAUUAUCUUAGGGAGAAAAAAAUGUGUAACUGGUAUACUCCGUAACCGCACACACACUAGCAUAAAGGUGCUUCACUUGCUAAUAUCACGGCGCGGAGUCCUUCCUUUUUUACUAGUCCGUGUAUAAAAUAUGUUUGUUUAUUGUCCCUGACGUCUGCACCUCGCCGAUUGAUUCGAUCAUGUUACUCGUGUUAAAACGUCUAAACGUUAUCAAGUGGAUUUCAUUCAAUAAAGGUUAUCAGUUUGCCCUAUCUCAUUGUAAUUACGUGAAGUACCAAAUAGUUAAUUUAUUUCUUAUUAGUUUAUUAUAUUUUAUGUGUGUAUAUAAGGUUAUUUUCAUUGACGUACUACAAUAAAGAACUAGACUCCCAAUCGCCAAAAAUUAAUUAAAAGAUCGACAAAAAAUGUCCGAGCGGCGUUGUACAAACGUAAACAUUACCUUAUACAGGUAACAUUAAAGCAUUCAUUCAAAUUAACGCCUUAUUUCGUGGCAGUAAUGUUCAAAUUCUAUUGUAUACCAUCAUUAGAAGGUCGGACGCAAACACGAGGCAAGAAAAGUUCGUUUUAGCAAUUGAAAAGUAAUUACUUAGCAACGUGAUUAAAAUCGUCAAGUUAUGCAAUAUUGUUAAAUAAAAGAAGCGCUUACCUUACAUCAUGUUUAAAAUUAGAUAUGCUGUUAUUUGGACAGUAUCUCACUGAACACUGACAUCGCGUGGCGUUGUAUUCAAAGCGCGGUCGAAACACAAAUGAAUGAAAACUCUGUCUAGAAAACGCGUAGGCAGAGUUUUGCUUCAGUCAAUAUUUGAGCGUGAUUGUGAAUGUAGUUGUUUAUUCUACGUCAAUGGUAAUUUUAAAUAAAGAGUAUAUUCAAAUAUUUUUUUUUGUAAGAUAUAUUCAUGUUGAAAAUAUGCAGAUAGUAUAAAAAUCGAUUAUAAUGACAAAAUAAAAAUAUUUGUCCAAAUGUAUAUUUUUUUCAAUCAUGAAUCAUCUGAGUGGAAAGUCUUCACUAGAGAAUUAUUUACCUGGAUCCUGAAAUUUUCUGCGACUUGCUUAGUUGCUACUAGGUAAGUAUUUACAAUAGGGCAUAUAAUACUUAUUCUGGCCAUAAACAAACAAAAUAUUACAUUUCAAUUUAGAAUCUGUCAUUUUGUCAUUGAGUUUUCUCAUGUUGGCGCCAAUACAUUGUACAAUAUUUUGCCAUAUUAAAAUGGAGUGGGGUGAUAAAGAGAACCGAAUUGCUGUGAUUGCAUUACCCAAAGUAGGUAUGGAGCCAAAUGCAAUUUUUUAAACUCUCCAUACGCAUGGUAAUAAGUAAAAUGUUUUUGUACCGGGCUAUUAAUAGGUACAAUGAGACCUCUGUUUGUGACAGAGAAAGAUUUGGCCGUCCACGUAGUGUUCGUACGAAAUGGGUGGUCAAAGAAGUAACUGAAAGAAUAAACAGCAGUCUAGGUUGGAAACGUACGUUUCGGACUUUAUCAGAGCUGAAGACUGGCCGUUGUCUAGUCCCGAUCUUAAUCCGCUGGAUAAUGAUUUAUGGUCAGUUUUAGAGAGUACGGCUUG